GGCUUUCAGCUGUCAUGGCUGAAAAGAGGACUGUUUUGGGGCUGCCACUGCUGUUUCUUUUGAUUUCUGUGGCUCUCUUGCAUUUAUUAAUUUGUCCGUUCACCAAAGUUGAAGAGAGCUUUAAUUUACAAGCGACACACGACAUUUUGUACCACAGACUUGACUUGGACAAGUAUGACCAUCAUGAAUUCCCCGGUGUGGUGCCGCGCACUUUCCUCGGCCCGUUGUUCCUCUCCACGCUCUCCUCCCCUGUUGUUUUUCUGUCCUCUCUGCUGGAUGCACCAAAGUUCUACACACAGCUCAUAGUCAGAGCUUCUCUGGGAGUUUGUGUUAUCGGUGCACUAUGGCACAUGCAGAGAGAAGUGAGGAGGCAGUUUGGCUCCACAGUUGCCACCCUUUUCUGUCUGACGUGCGCUUCUCAGUUUCACCUGAUGUUCUACAGCACAAGGACUCUCCCCAAUGUAUUUGCACUUCCAAUAGUUCUUGUAGCGUUCACAUCGUGGAUGGCUCAGAAACACGGCCGGUUCAUCAGCCUCUCUGCUUUGGUCAUCAUUGUGUUCCGCUCAGAGCUCUGCAUCUUCUUAGGCCUCAUGUUACUCAUAUCACUGCUGAGCAGGAGGCUGGGGCUGCUGCAGAUGCUGUACUGCGCUGCUCCUGCUGGGAUCUUGUCGCUGGCUUUGACGGUUGCUGUUGAUACUUUCUUUUGGAGGAAGCCUCUGUGGCCUGAAGGGCAGGUUUUAUGGUACAACACUAUUCUUAACAAAAGCUCCAACUGGGGAACUUCUCCCUUUCUCUGGUACUUCUACUCGGCGGUACCUCGUGCUCUGGGCUGCACGCUGCUCUUCGUCCCUCUCGGCCUCCUCGACAAGAGAAUGAGGCUUCUGCUGCUGCCCACGGUCGGCUUCAUUCUCAUCUACUCGGCGCUGCCCCACAAGGAGCUGCGUUUCAUCAUUUACACUUUCCCUGUGCUCAGCUUGGUGGCUGCACGAGGCUGUUCUUUCAUUUUGUGCAACUACCAGAAGUCCUGGAUGUAUAAGCUGGGCUCUGCAGUUGUGGUCGGCCAGCUGUUGACCAAUGCACUUUACUCUAGUAUUUGCCUCCAAGUUUCUCACCACAACUACCCUGGAGGCAGAGGGAUGCAGGAACUACACCAGAUGCUGCCACACACAGCAGAUGUCUUGCUUCAUAUUGACACCUUUGCUGCUGAAACUGGAGUAUCACGCUUCUUAGAGCAAAACAGAAACUGGAGAUAUGACAAAAGAGAGGACUUGAGCCCCACAAGUCCUGAGAUCAAAAUGUACUCACACCUACUGAUGGAGGCUAACGUUACAAAGAUACAGCUGCUGCAUUACACCCACCAGCCUCUGGCCUUUAUAGAAGGCUUCAGCAACAUCGCCUUCGAUUUGCUUCACUUUCCACCUGUCAGGGUGCGUUUGGAGAGAAAAACUGUACUGAUGGAGAGAAAGACUGAAGUCAGGUUGCCUAAAGAGUGACUCUAACAGGAAUGUGUUGUGUUUUUUAGUGACCAAAAGAUAAGAGAACAUUUGACAAAGAUGGGUGUUUCUACUGGUAUCACAUUCCUACACAAAUAUUGAGUUUUGCUUCUGCAGCAGAUCGGCAUGUUAUAUUUAUACUGUCAGGCAUCUUUUGUGAUGCAAAGGAAACGAGUUAGCAUUCUCAAGCUUUAUCAUGCAUAAUUCUUUACCUCAGAGUAUGCUCUGUAUAUUUUGUAGAUUUCCUAAAUCAAAAAAGCUGUGACCACUUGGGAAAACAUGAACUACUAAGUAAAACAUCUGGAUUCUUGUACUUAGAACAAUUUUCAACACAAAUCUCCAAGUUUUGUACAAUAAAAAUAGCUAAAAAUAAACCGCCUGGAAUGUUGUAUAAGGAAAACCUUUAUUUACAAAUGACCACAAAAUUUGCAUUUUUCCAGUCUCAAUCCUAAAACAUUUAUCAAAUUAGGUUCAGAAGUCAUUUAAUAUAAAAAUGUACAGUACAUUGUUUUACUCAAUAAUAAACCCAUAAUUUAAUCCCCUGGACAUAAACUUAAAUUGUGCUUAAGAGACAAAUUGUAUAUUCCAAACAACCCCCUUAUUCUGAAAAUACAGCAAUAUUAUACAUGAUCUUAUUAAAAACAUUUCAGCAAGUAAAAAAAAAAGAGAAAAAAAUCUAUUUCUAAAUGACAGUACCAUGAGCCACAAGUUCACAAUGAAAAUUAAAUAACAUUAACUUAAAAUAUCUUUCUGUCACAGCAUUUUAUUUUUGGGCCAUGUUUUCAUCCAGAAAACAACGCUGCAUCUAUCUUUAAUCCAUAACAAUCAAAAGAAGAAAAAAAAAGCAUCCUGACAUGAUCUGCGCAAUUUUUUAACAAUAUUUACAGCAUCAUUUUUGACCUGAAGUAGUUUUGGAUAAGGCACAAGGAGAGAGUAGACAGAAAACAUUAAAAAAAAAACCAAAAAAAAAACCAUCAAUUUACAAGCAAACACAUAAUCACCAACCCCUACAGCUAGAAAAAAACCCUCCCUCCCUGAUAACACUUCUGAGACUUUUCAUCACAACAGCUCCAAAGUGUUUAACAGUAGUACACAGAAUACAAUAAAACCUCAAUCUGGCCUUUUGCAUUGAGAAUCAAUCAGUGUAUAAAUUGAUAUUUUACAUUUUUGCCCAACAGAAAACCCCCCAUUUCACAGCUAUGCAACUUGGUCCUUGAUAAAGGGUUUUCAAGUUAAUCCUCAAUAGUAAUCAGUACUGAAAAUAAAUCAAAGGGAGGUUGACCUUGAGGAACAGCAGACCCUCCAUGUUGUCCAGCAAAGGCCUGGGUUGAUUUAGAGCACAGUUGACACUCGCUGUGCUGAACAGUGUCUCCGCUGGGACGAUGCUGGGAGGACAGCCCACGUAACGGGCAGCUACUUUGGCAAGAUCAGGCCACAGGAACUUUUUCAAGUUCCAAUAGUCGAGGGGGUCACAGCUUUGAUCAAGUAUGUCUUCCUCAAGGUACUCCAGCACUGCCAUCUCUGGGGACUUUGGCUUCUCCUCGUGUUUUACCUUAGGCCUGAUGUCAGGCAUUAGGGACCAGAUGUUGUCCUUGUCUGGGUGGGAGGUGCUGGAUGAAACGGCCGCCUCAUUGCAGCCAUUGGGCAGCAGAGGCUUAGCUGCAUCUGAGGUAGAAGAGUCCAGCUCCUGGAUCAGAUCCUGUUUACAUCGCUCGGCUUCUUCCUCCGUGAACAGCGACGUUUUGUAUCGUGGGUCCAGCAUGGUCGCCCAGGUGUACCGCGGGUCAUGCAGAAUUGCAGACAUUCUGCUCACCAGGGCUUCCUGUAGAGACUUGAGCAUGGUGUCAAUGCCCACGGUCUCAUCAAACAGCAGGUCUAUUUUUCUGUUGAGGAUGUGAAUGAGUGGUAUCACUUGUCCCAGAGUGGCAGUGCGGUUGCUCAUCUCCCUGCAGGCGACUUCAAACGGUUUCAGUGCAUUGCAGACCGACAGCAUCACCUCCCACUGGUCGCAGCUGAUAAUUUCCCUGAAAUUGCACUCGAUGGACAUCUCGUCGAUGGCUAUCUUUUGCUCCACCAGCCGCUCCAGCAUGAAAAACGACGUCACCCACUUGGAAGGAACGUCCUGAAUCAGCUGGUUCUCUGGCAGCUGGUGGACCCUCUGGAGCUCAGCCAGCUUCUCCUUGGCCUUUGCCGAACGGUGCACACGUUCACAGAUCUUUCGUGCAAUACUCAGAAGGUUCUGAACCAGUCUCUGGCUCUUUAUGGCUUCACUUACAAUGAGGUCUAUGGUGUGCCCAAAACACUGCAUGGUGACGUGGCCGUGGUCCUCCAAGGUGUUACUGAUGGUGUUAUUAUCAGUGACAGUGAACCCUUUUCUCAGCCCUGAUGAGGUGAUCCAAGAAUCCCACAGAUACUCAAGCUGCUUUGGGAUGUCAUGCAUAUCGUGAUCACAGUCUAUUUGUGAGACAUUUAGGAGAGCGGAACAGUGAAAGUCUUGACCUUGGGGUCUGACACUUGACUCGUACGCCGCCCAGUGGGCAGUAAGGGUCAGGUAUUCCCUUGUCUGGCUACUGACCCAAAUACUUGUUGUGAAGUGGACAACACCACCUUCAGCCUCUUUCAGGUGGGUGAGCACGACAUCCUUCACCCUUUCGUACAUAUCUGGUAUGGCAGUGCUGGUAAAGAAAGAAGAAGAUGGUAGAGAAUACUGAGGCUGGAGGUACUCUAGCAGUCUGUUCAGUCCAGCAUUCUCCACCAAAGCUGAUGGCUGAAGAUCCAGUGCGAGCAUUUCUGCGAGAAGUUUGGUGAUUUUUUUGGCAACCGGGUGGUGUUCAUCGAACCUCUCACGGCUCUGUUCGGGUUCAUAAACAGAACUGUCCAUGAGCUCUUGUUUAACGUGAAUUUCAGCAGACGGCACAUCACCUGAGAUAGUAUUGUUACUGUCAAGAACAUGUCCAUGAAACCUCUGCAUGUGCCUAAAGAGGCAGCUUGUGCCGAGGUUCGUAGUCUUUUUGCCUCUGCUAAUUGUGCGGCUACAGUGCAAACAAACCACCUUUGUAGGGUCAGUAGGUGAAAUGGAGAAAUGGUUCCACAGUUUUGACGUCUUUUUACUGAAAACAGGGAGGGUUGGGGGUUUUUUCUCACUGGCAGGGCUCUCAGUUUCUUUGGCUGAAACUGUAUCCGUUGUGGUGAGACUGGCGUAGGGAUGAGGGGAGGAUUCCUUGUCGUCUGUGCUUUUUUGGCUUUUGAGGACGUCCGGGUGACGUCUCAUGAGAUGCCUCAUCAGACAGCUUGUACCAAAAUCGCCCCGCUUCCCCCGACUGAUGACACAUGGACAGUAACGGCACAGUGCUUUUAACUGGUCAACUGGUGACACUAUGAAAUGGUGCCACACUUCGGAUUUCACCCGUUUCAUGAUCUUUUUGUUUUGCUGGAAAACUGAAUGAUCCUGACUGAGGCCGGGGCCUUGGGAGAGGUCGCACGGUGAGGAAGUCAGGGGUGUAUCCUCCCCCUGAGUUUUGAAGGAGAGGUUGAGGGAGGACUCCUGCCCUGAGAGAUGCAUCACCUCAUCAGAUUCCUCCUUUAUGUCCAUGCUUUCCUCCAUGCUUUGGGGUAGUUCGUCUGAUAUGGUGUCUGGCGAGGAUGGAAGAAGGGGUGAUUCUUUUUUAGCUUCCAGUGGAUCCUGUAGCUGUGUGCGUGAUAAAAGGGAGGGCGGGUUUGUGUAGGGUAGGGGAAUGUGGUUGCCCUGUCCAUUUUCCUCAAUUACAACCUCUUUGUGGGCUCUCCACAUAUGACGAAUGAGACAGCUUGUCCCUAGAUCCUUCCCAUUUUUACCCCUACUGAACUCAUUCAUGCAAUGGAUGCAUACUGCUUUGGAAUUGUCAGCAGGCGACAGGUAGAAAUGUUUCCAUACAGCCGACCUGCGACGGGAACUAGAGCUUUUUGGGGUCCCUGGAAGACGCUCGGGACCUGCGUCCGACACGACGUCUUCGAGGUUGUUUUCAUUGGAAUGUGAGGAUGAGAGCGCGCUGCAAACAGUGUCGGUAUUGGUGUAUGGUUCUAGUUUUGGUUCGACUUUGGGUAACACUUCUUUGGAUGACAUGUCUGAAUUCUCAGCUGAGGAGGUGGACGGUGAAGUGUUCUUUGAGGCAGAAGUAAUGACGCUAUUUGUCAAGUCUCCAUUUUUUGGUGAGUUUGGGGAGGGAGGUAUCAAGGAUGAGGCGAAGGAGCUAGUCAGGUGAUUUGAGGAUGCGUCUGCUCCGUCUUGUAAAAGCACAGUGGGGUGAGCCCUUCGUACAUGCCUCAUUAAACAACUGGUACUGAGGUCUUUUUCAUUCUUACCCCGGCUGAACUCUUUCAUGCAGUAUAAACAGAUUGCUUUGGUACUGUCUCGUGGCGAUAUGCAGAAAUGAUUCCAUGCAGGAGAUUUUUUCCUCGGGUUUGUAUGACUCCUCAUAGAUGACAAAAGGCUCUGAGUGACAGCGUCCAUGGCAACAUCAUAAAGGGUGCUUGUGUAUCCACUUAGUAAAUUGCUAUAGUCAUCACAAUCUCUAGUUACAAAAGGGCCAACUGAGCUACCAAAUGCCAGCCUUUCAUCAUCCUGCAUGUCGUCCUCCAGUCCAUUUGCAUCCCCAGUCUCCUCUUUGACACUAAAGUCAUUGCCAUUUUCAUAGCUGUCAUUCUCUGCGUUUCCAUCAGUAUCGGUAUUUAGGAUUUCGUCUGAAAGACUGGGAGAAGCUGGAUCAGUCUUACUUGCUUUGUCUGACUCCAACUGUGUGUCAACCUGAGAAGAUAAAUGAAAACAAGGGAAGGGGUCUUUAUCCAGUGUUAGUGAGGAGCAAGCAGGUGACUUUGCAUCCGCAGUGUCGUGGGGAGUAAUGCUGUAGGAUUUGAACACGUAGCCAUCCUGCCCCUCAAUUGUCAGGCAGGUCCCCUUUGCCUCUCUUUUUUUGCUUUCUAUGGAGCCAUUAGGUUCACUGAUCAUGUCCUCACUCAUGUGAGAAACCUCUUCUUCCCCAUCCAUGGCAGCAGCCCAAGGGUUUCUGUAGAAUAGUCAGGUCUGCGUUGUCAAACGAGAUCACUUAUUUCAGGUGCAGUCAUCGAUACAGCAGUUCUCAAGCAGGUGUUGUGAUGUGUGUGUUUCUGUCCGGGACACAAGGCGCCUGCCUGUCCCUCUCCAUUUAUGACUGAAGUCUUUACACUUCUCUGCACACGACCUAGAGACAGGAAGAGGGAGAACACACAUUAGGAAAUGUAUUCUGGAAAGUAAAUAAGAUUACAUAAAGAGGUGAUACAGGUGCUGUUUAGCUUUCAUUCAUUAAAACUGAUCUACUCGGUCUGACAAAUCUCAAUUUACCAACAAUACUGACCACUUUGACUGUCAUUUGAAAGCAACUUUUUGGUAAUAAACAUCGAAAUGUUAGAAUUUGCAAGAUAACAAGCAUCACCAAAAGACAACUUUUUGCUGGGAGGUUCAUCCAGUCCUUGAUGCACCUCUGCAGUAUCUGGACCCACUUCCUGCAUUACGGCUUUCAUAUGCAAGGAAACAACCUGAGAAAUAUUAAUCAUCCAUCCUGAACAAAGCUUCUUCCAAGGAACCACUGCUCAGUUCAGUUAGCCUUCUGAAUUGCUCAUCCUGAGCUUCCACUUAAAAUUCUCCUUCUCACCACUCUCUAGAACUGACACCCUUUUCAUUAUAACUGGAAUGCCUACUGAAGAAAUAUGCACAAUACUACAAUGUUAGUUUAUUUAUAUGACCUAAUACAACACUGAAAGAUGCAACUUUCUUUACUAAGUACAGUAACCGUCACAUGGUGCACUAGAUAUCCACACAUCCAUGUGGCUUUAAACUUGAAUGUACUCCAAGUAUAUUAGUGUAUAGAAAUGUUUUUCUGAUGUUUAGAUCUUGAGUUAAUAAUCACUGAAGUCAACAAACAUAUUAUAUAUGUAUAUUUCAGUGACUCACUUUUGAGUCUACUAAUCUAGAAUGUAAUAAUAUAUACAUAUAUUGGUAUCGAGACCUUACUAGUCAACAGCAUGUGAAUGAUGAUCUGCUAUAAUGCAGUUAAGUCCACAUAUUUACUCCGUUGCUAUAUUUGUUUGAUACACCAAGCUAAAUCUUAUUGCACACCAACACAGCAGCAUUGUGAUAAAUUUUGACUUCACUUUUUUUAUUUUAGUUUGGGUUUGUCUUGGCUUGCUGCACAUGAUGAAAGAGGAAUGAAUAUGCCGUGUGUUUAUUUUGCUAGCAAAUCUCGGUGUGUUCUAACUGGAGACACACCACAAUCAGGUCAAAUGCGGUCUGUUGGGGAACAACUAGUGCCUCAUUUUGCACUUCAUGCUUAGUCUAUGUAUAACUAUGGACCAGUAGCACCAAGAUCAAGCAUUAUUUGCAAAUAAAUAUGGGAAAAUAUUGAAACAACAUUCUUUAACUACCAAACUCGUGUAUUUCUUCACAGUAAUAUGGUAUGCGUUUAUGUAAAUGUAAGAACACAAGCCUAAGAGUACUACUCCAAUGCAAACCGGUCUAACGUGUAGUAAUCAAUAAUAAAUGGUAGGAAUAUAAACAAGGAAAGUGAUCGAUUACUUCAAAGUAAGCGUAUGAAUGUGGAAAAGGAUAAUCAAUUGUGUAGCUAAUUAUUAAUACAUGAUUUGCUUUACAACGCUUCCCAAGUGAGCACUGACAGUUUUUCCGGGUUUGGCUUAAGAGCUAGCCAGGAAGAUGCGAGAGGACAGCAGAAAAUAGCCACCGCUGCUUAGCUUUCAUCUCCACACACACACACACACACAACUUAUAAAUGGGGAUUUACACACCAGCUUUCGAGUUACAGUGAACAAAAGCUAACACACAACGUGGAACCCAACCGACCCACAUAUAACAAUAUAACGAAACGUUGCUGCCAGCUGCGCUACACCAUCAGUAAACACCACGGUGGCUAUCCUGGUGCUAACCGGGCUAGCCGCACUGCUAAUACACAGACACACACAAAAACAACACGCAGGUACAACACUCGUGUCACAUGGGUUCGUAGCUCAAAUACUCACGACUACACAACUCCCACGAAUGCCCCGUUUAGGUUAAAACGGCCGAAGAGACGCGUGUAGUAAAUCUCGGACCGCACCACGGCUGCUAACUGGUUAGCUGCCAGCUAGGCCACAAACAGGACAUACUAGCUAACCUGGCGAGGCAGAACCCAGCCGUGGCAACACACGAACCACACGGGAUCCGAAUCGGAGCAGCACUCUCCACGACGUCCCGGCCACAUUAAGCCCUCCAUGCACACGUACCCGAGCCCGGCGCACUUACUGUGAAGUCUGGCGGCAUGAACGCUGGGUUUCGGCUCCUAAACAGUUAAAUAUGACACAUUUGAUUGAUCCGGAGGGGGGUUCACUUUGUUGCUUUUGUCUCCUGGUUUGCUCGCAGUUCGGCCAGAGCAGCUCCACACAGCGUCGGACGGAAGGAACAUGUUUUAAUGAUGUCACCGGGCACCGGGGCUUCAGCGCGGUACGGGUAAUAAAUCUAAGUAUCAAAUUACAUAACACAGAGCUUUACGUUGAUUUUUCUCACAUUAAAACACUAUUCUGUAGGACUGAUUAUUAAACAGACAGAUUCAGUGACCUGAUGAUUUAUUACAAAAUAGAAAAUUAUAUUUAUAUUUAUAAUUUUUUUUUAGCUAAACAGUCGUAAAUUUACAUUAGAAAAAUAAGACUGAUGUUAUGAAUUAAUCAUGAAAAGGAUUAAAAAAUUUAGCUUAAGACGCUACAGUGCAAUUUAUGGUGUGAGUAAUUUAAAUAUUAGGGAUUAAAACCCAACAAAAAUGAUUUCAAAUACAUUACUUUACAAAAUCAAUACUAAUGCUAAAACCCUAGAGUAAUAUUAAUUAUGGCGAUGAAUCCGACUAAGAACUUUAAAAAUAAUAAUAAAAAAUGUCUUUGAAAAUGAUCCUUUUAAAGUAAAAAUAUCCCUCCAUAUUUAAAUAUUACAUUUAUUUAAUGUGUUUUAUUUAAUGUAAGAUUUAUUUCAUCGCCAUAUUUAUUUAUUUCAUAUGUAUUUUCAUUCAUUCACACAUACAUUUUUUUAUUUAUUGUUUUAACAUUGGAUCUCAACUUAAACAUUGGGCACUUACUCCAAACAAUGAUAUUAUGGUCCGUGUACGGAUCUGGUAAUUGGAUUUUCCGUUCUGAAACGGGUAUUGAAAAACAAGUGGUUAUUUAAUUUUCGUUUUAAAAUACAAAAAUUAAAAUUGAAAUACAAGGUGUUUUUCCUUUUCAUGAUCAAAAAGGGAUAUACGAUUUUUUUAAAAAUGCUUUGAUUUUCGUUUUAUAUUUAGGAUAACAAGAAAGUAAAAUCAGUAAGAGACAGAAACGAAAAAAGGUCAGUUUUUUCAUUUUCUGAGACCGGAAGUGGUCAUCAGCAAGUGUGGAGCCAAACAGAGUACGGUGCAUAGACUGUAUAUACAUUUUUUUUUUCGUUAGUUUUCAUGGUCAAAAUGAGAGAUCAGGUGGCCGAUCUUAAAAUAAAUCAAUGUAGAUUUUUUUUUUAUAGAGCGUUAAAGUUUUGCGAAGCCAGGGGGCGGGACUACUUGAUUGACAGUCCUGUCUGGAAUGAUUGACAGGUCCUAUGGAGGAGGCAGCAGAAACUCUGCUCUCCUCGUUUGGAUUAAUUCUGAUAUAAUAACUGUUGGUUUAUUUAUCGAUGGAACAGCACAACAUUUUCCACAGACAGUUUUCCUGCCCGUUGGCUUGUUUUAACCAGUUUUCUACCUUCGGCUGAUUCUACCAGCAGACACUGAAAGGACUCUGAUAGUUCAAGUGAAAGUAGCAAUUCCUCCUUAAGGUCAGAGAUUGCAGCAUCUGAGGACCUCUUCAAAAGAAGACGUAGUUGAUGAAGGCGUUCUGGAGCAGGACCAGAAAGACCACGACCAAGCAGCCUUGAGAUCUUAGACAGCGUCUCCCUCAGGUGGGUGUCAACGGUGUUCACGGUCAGGUUUGUGGUAAUCCUGUCAAAAAACAAAACAGAAAAAAAUCUAGAUUAUGAAUCAACAUGUAACCAAAGCACUCUGUGUAUAAUGCCAUAGUAUAGGAUGUAGUUCAGAAAAUGUGAAAGUAUAGUAUACUUUUCAAGAAUAACAUAGUAUGGCCUGUAGUUCAUAGUAUAGCAUGUCGGCAAAAAAACCCAACUGAUUAUUAUGUGGUUCAACAAGUGCAAAAUGAUAGGAUGUUGCCUAAAAUUGUCAUGUAUGCUAUGUGGUUCAAAAAAAUGUCAUAGUGCAGUAUAUUGUCAAAAUAGUAUGUUUUUCAAGAAAAUGACAUCUAAAAAAUGCCAUAGAAUAAUUCAUUCAUUGCACAAGUAAAAGUAUAGUAAUUUUUAAAACUGUUCAAAUUCUUAUAUGUUGCUAAAAAAACAACAAAAAAAACUAAAGCAAAAAAAAACGUCCUAGUAAUAUGUCAAUUUAAAAAGCCUAUAGUAUAGAGUGUCGCCCAACAAACGUCAUAGUAUAGCAUGUCGCUCUAAAAACGUCAUAGUAUGGCCUUUGGUCCAAAAAACGUCAUAGUAUAGCAUGUUGCUCUAAAAAUGUCAUAGUAUAGAAUGUCGCCCAAAAAACGUCAUAGUAUAGCAUGUCAUCCAAAAAACGUCAUAGUAUAGCAUGUCGCCCAAAAAACGUCAUGGUAUAGCAUGUCGCCCAAAAAACGUCAUAGUAUAGCAUGUCGUUCUUAAAACGUCAUCAUAUAGCAUGUCGCUCUAAAAAUGUCAUAGUAUAGCAUGUGGCUCAAAAAACGUCAUAGUAUAGCACGUCGCCCAAAAAACGUCAUAGUAUAGCAUGUCGUCCAAAAAAUGUCAUAGUAUAGCAUGUCGCCCAAAAAACGUCAUAGUAUGGCAUGUCACUCUAAAAACGUCAUAGUAUGGCAUGUCGCCGAAAAAACGUCAUAGUACAGCAUGUCGUCCAAAAAAGUCAAAGUAUAGCAAGUCGCUCUAAAAAGUCAUAGUAUAGCAUGUCGUCCAAAAAAGUCAUAGUAUAGCAUGUCGCUCUAAAAACGUCAUAGCAUAGCAUGUCGCUCUAAAAACGUCAUAGUAUAGCAUGUCGCUCUAAAAAUGUCAUGGUAUAGUAUGUCGCUCUAAAAAUGUCAUAGUAUAGCAUGUUGCUCUAAAAACGUCAUCGUAUAGCAUGUCACUCUAAAAAUGUCAUAGUAUAGCAUGUGGCUCAAAAAACGUCAUAGUAUAGCAUGUCGUCCAAAAAAACUCAUAGUAUAGCAUGUCGUCCAAAAAACGUCAUAGUAUAGCAUGUCGUCCAAAAAACGUCAUCGUGUAGCAUGUCGCUCUUGAAACCUCACAGUAUAGCAUGUCGCUCUAAAAACAUCAUAGCAUAGCAUGUCGCUCUAAAAACGUCAUACUAUAACAUGUCGAUCUGAAAACGUCAUAGUACAGCAUGUCACUCUAAAAACAUCAAAGUAUAGCCUUUGGUCCAAAAACGUCAUCGUAUAGCAUGUCGCUCUAAAAAUGUCAUAGUAUAGCAUGUGGCUCAAAAAACGUCAUAGUAUAGCACGUCGCCCAAAAAACGUCAUAGUAUAGCAUGUCGUCCAAAAAAUGUCAUAGUAUAGCAUGUCGUCCAAAAAAGUCAUAGUAUAGCAAGUCGCUCUAAAAACGUCAUAGUAUAGCAUGUCGCUCUAAAAACGUCAUAGCAUAGCAUGUCGCUCUAAAAAUGUCAUAGUAUAGCAUGUCGCUCUAAAAACGUCAUAGUAUAGCAUGUCCUUGAAAAUCGUCAUAGUAUAGCACGUCACUCUAAAAACGUCAUAGUAUAGCAUGUCGCUGUAAAAACGUCAUAGUAUAGCAUGUCGCUCUAAAAACGUCAUAGUAUAGCAUGUCGUCCAAAAAAGUCAUAGUAUAGCAAGUCGCUCUAAAAACGUCAUCGUAUAGCAUGUCGCUCUAAAAACGUCAUCGUAUAGCAUGUCGCUCUAAAAACGUCAUAGUAUAGCAUGUCGCUCUAAAAAUGUCAUAGUAUAGCAUGUCGCUCUAAAAACGUCAUCGUAUAGCAUGUCACUCUAAAAAUGUCAUAGUAUAGCAUGUGGCUCAAAAAACGUCAUAGUGUAGCAUGUCGCUCUUGAAACCUCACAGUAUGGCAUGUCGCUCUAAAAACAUCAUAGCAUAGCAUGUCGCUCUAAAAACGUCAUACUAUAACAUGUCGAUCUGAAAACGUCAUAGUACAGCAUGUCACUCUAAAAACAUCAAAGUAUAGCCUUUGGUCCAAAAACGUCAUAGUAUAGUAUGUCGCCCUAAAAACGUCAUAGUAUACCAUGUCGCUCUAAAAACGUCAUAGUAUAGCACGUCACUCUAAAAACGUCAUAGUAUAGCAUGUCGCUCUAAAAACAUCAUAGCAUGUCGCUCUAAAAACGUCAUCGUAUAGCAUGUCGCUCUUGAAACCUCACAGUAUAGCAUGUCGCUCUAAAAACGUCAUAGCAUAGCAUGUCGCUCUAAAAACGUCAUACUAUAACAUGUCAAUCUGAAAACGUCAUAGUAUAGCAUGUCGCCCAAAAAACGUCAUAGUAUAGCAUGUCGCCCAAAAAACGUCAGAGUAUAUCCUGUCGCUCUUGAAACGUCACAGUAUAGCAUGCCGCUCUAAAAACGUCAUAGCAUAGCAUGUCGCUCUUUAAAACGUCAUAGUAUAGCAUGUCGCUCUAAAAAUGUCAUAGCAUAGCAUGUCGCUCUUUAAAACGUCAUAGUAUAACCUUUGGUCCAAAAAACGUCAUACUAUAGCAUGUCGCUCUAAAAACAUCAUAGUAUAGCCUUUGGGCCACAAAACGUUCUUUUGUCCCGGCUGUCUGAAGUAGGUGAGGAGCAACACAAAAACAGUCCAAACUCUGGUUUCCAGAGGGUUAGAUGAGUAUUUAUUUGAAAGAGGAAGUUUACAACAACACAACAUGUGAGGGGGUUAAAAUCAAAUGGGUGUCAGUAAUUAAAAAUAAAUAAAUAGAACUAAAAGUGAACUUCAUGUUGACAUUGAUGGGCAUUCCAACCCGGAACAAAGCAAAAGAUAAUCAAUACGAAAAAAAAAACUCUUCCUGUUCACCUCUUCAAGCCCAAAAACACACCGCAGUAGCAUCCUAAACUAAAACUACCAAUGGGUUUCCUGUUUUCCUUUCUGAACAAGUCAAAGGUCCCUCUCUAUCUCCCCACACAUCCACCAAUCACUGGAACACAUCUCCAAAGUUCUGCCGGGCCAGCUCAGCUUCCCCUCAGAAGAAGUGCCGCCACCUGCCAGAUGAAGGAGCCUUUUGAGAGGCAGCUGGCAUCGUGAUUGGACUGUACUUUGGUCUGUUCCAAUCCAACUUCAGCUCCAGAGACAGCAGGCGGGACGAGUCAACGGAGGCCUGGUGGACGAAGGCAUGCAGCUGAGUACAAUCCAGAAAACAAGAGAGGAGGAGUGCAGCAGCCCAGAGCCAGAACAAACAGAGUAUGUCUCUUAGAAAACAUCAUAGUAUAGCCUUUGGUAUGAAAAAACGGCAUCAUAUACAUCGUAUAUUGUACAAAUAACAAGUCAAAGGAAAGAGACAUACAUUGUAGAAUUGUAGUAAUUGUGGGCUGACUGAUUUACUGAUUAUCGGUAUUUUAUUUUUUACUGAUUUACGGUAAUAAAUACAUUUAAAAAUGGC